AUGUGGUUCCACGGCCGUUGUGCUUGUUGUUGUUUUUUGUUGAAAAAUACCUGCGAGGGCUUCCUCAUCCCGCCGGGUCAUAUGGAAAUGACCCUCUUGGGCGCGAAUUUAGAUCCCACGAAAAUGAUGGCCGGAGAUGCCUCCGCUUUCCAACUCGUGGUCCCGCGGCAGGAGCUCCGCGACCAGAACCACUGUGAACCGUACGAGUCGAUGGUGAUCGAGGACGACGACUGCCACAUUUAUUGUGAAGUCAAUGGGACGAUAGGCAAGCUCGAAAUUCGGGACCCUGGACGGCGAACUCUCGCCGCGUGUAAAACUGUGAAUAACGGUUGCACUACCUGCAUGAGACAAAUCGGUGAGGGUGAUUCAACGAAAAUUUUCGGUAGGUGCGGCCCCAGCUGCACGUGUGAACCGCUGAGCAGCUACAUGAACUACUUGCAAGAUAAGCGGGAGUGCGCGAAAAUUCAGAACCACACGAACUUCGACGCGUUGGCGAGGAAGCCGCUCAACAACCCUCUCGAGAGCCCUCGCUUCCAAGUGAUUAUACCCGCCAUCGGUAACCGAGACAAGAAGAACUGUGAAGUUUAUGAAAAGGUCAUGAGCCGAGAGGAACUCGAGAGAACCGGCCAAUGCAGACAGAUGUGCAGAGUCGAAGGCUGGUUCGGAAUUAUCAGAAUCGAGGGGAGUGCCCGAGUAAUUGAUGCUUUGCCUCCUCGUUUCCCGAAAACCUGCCAAAUCCCCAUAAUUCACGCGAGCUCAAUGCUACUGCCAGAUUUUUCCGUCGCGUCAACCCUCGGAGUUUGUGAUCACGAUGGAAACUGUGUCAAAGACGACACCGCCUACUAG